CUAAGCAAAUAUUUUCAUCAUGUGAUAGCUCUACGUACCAAAUAAGAAAUUUUUUUUCGUUUUUCACAUGAGAUUGAUCUUAUUCCUCUAGAUUUUGGUGCGUACUUUAAUUCUAUAAAAGAGUUUUGCGAUUCUAUAAAGCUAAUUAAAAAAUUAGUUAAAAUAAAAAAUGUCGGUAAAACAGACGACUUUAGAAUCCCCUUAAAUUCGCAUCUUCUGCGCCGAAUACAAAUACAUCCACUUAAUCCAACGGUAGGUGAAACCGGUAUAGCAAUCUAUGGGUAUAAAAUAUGAGUAUAAAUACGACAUACACGCCGAACUGGACUACUGUCAGGGUAUGGACACUUCCGUAUAUUAAAGUCAAGCUGUAUUUCUGCGCCAUCUGGGCGAAUAGACAGAUUUUUGGAACUAAAAGUUCAGGAUUUCUACCCGAUCGGUCAUGUCAUGUUAUGUCAUCAAGUGCAGUCAAGUGGUAAAGUCCGUUUGGAGUGGUAAAAUAAGUCAUAUUUUUGCUUUAAAAUAUUUGCUCCAAGACAAUCAGCCUGCUGGGACGAGUAAUAUCGUCCUGUGGUUUGUAUUCCUCCCAUCGAAUUUGUAGGUGUGAUUGUUCCGGUAAUACAACAGUCGGGGAUUAAUAUUUAAAAAAAUUUAAAUAUUUUUAGGUUAGAAUAAAAUGGCCAAUAAAGUGGGAUGGAAAUGUAUAAUUCCACAUUGCUCAUCUCCUGCUAGAGCUCCUGGACAUUAUUUUCCUAAAAAUAAUCUCCUCUUAAAAAAAUGGCUAGAGGCAAUAUCAAUACCAUGGAUAUCAAAUCUACCAGCAGAAGAAAUUAAAAAAUGUAGAAGUUGCCAUUUUAAUGAAAACUCGUACAUUUUUAGUUUGCAUCGUAGACGAUUAAAGCAUAAUGCCAUUCCAAAUCAAAAUUUAAUAAUUAGAACAGAUGAAAGUGAUCAAGUUUCUCAACUUAAUCAAAUCCAAGAAAUUUCUGAAAUAAUUGAAACAGUUGAAGCUGAUAUUUCUCCUAGUAUGAAUCUACCUAGUACAAGUCAAGUCCAAGAAGAAAAUAUCACUUUGGAAAACCAUGUAAAUAUUGACGAGGAACAACAAACAACACAACCGUUUAAUCUAAGCGUAACAAUGUCUAAAAGUUCUAUAAGCCGUAUUCAUAGACUUAUACUUAGCAAUAUAACUAGAAAGAAGUCCUUGAAUCCAAUAGCGAAAGAAAUGUACGAUAAAUGUAGAAUGCUUACAAAACAAAAUAAUGCCUUGCGUAAGAAUCUGAUAAGUUACAAACAACGGCUGAAGUAUGCUACUAAAUUUACUACUCUUAAUUUUUGGAAAAAAUAUUCUGCACUAAGUAAUACACAAAAAAUAUUUAUAGAUAUGCAAAUUAAAAACAUAAGAAAAAAGCCUAAUUUUUUCAAAAUUUUGUACAAAAAUUAAAUUAGCAUUAACGAGUAUAUGAUGAACAUGCUUCAUUAUUUUUAGAAAACAUAAGAAUUGAUUCAUAAUCAUGGAAAACAGAAAAUUUAUAAUAAUUAAAAAUUAUAUACAUCAUAUACAUUAUAUAAUCCUUAUAUAUACUACUAGAAAUUAUUAUAUAUAUUAUUAUUGUAUACAUCAUUAUUAUAU